UGUUAUCGCUACGGUGUCAAGACAUUGAGUUUCUUUUGUUCAAAUCCCCGGCCACACAACUUCGAGAUGGUUUCCCCAAGCCUUCGACGACCGAAUCCGGCACUUUCGGACAGUGUCUUCAAAAUGUUCAGCCUACAAGGAAAGGUGGUGAUUAUCACUGGAGGUGCAGGCGGAAUCGGCUACGCUGUUGCCCGCGGUCUAGCUGAAGCUGGCGCAAACAUUGCCCUUUGGUACAACAAAUCCAAUAAAGCUGAUUCUCUGACUUGUGCGCUCGAAAAAGACUUUGGUGUCAAAGCCAGGGCGUACAGAUGCGCGGUGCAGAACUUUGACGAGGUCCAAGCAACGACCGAUGCCGUCGUUCGCGAUUUCGGCCGGUUGGAUGUCAUGAUUGCCAACGCCGGUAUCCCAUCUAAGGCCGGUGGCCUGGAUGAUAAAUUGGAGGACUGGCAGAAAGUUGUGGAUGUAGACUUUACUGGAGCAUACUAUUGCGCCCGGGUCGCUGGAAAAAUCUUCCAGAAGCAGGGAUCAGGCAACAUGAUCUUCACAGCAUCCAUGUCCGGUCAUGCGGCGAAUGUCCCUCAGGAGCAGGCCUGUUAUAACGCAUGCAAAGCUGGCGUUAUUCACCUUGCCAAGUCUCUAGCUGUGGAAUGGGCCAGCUUCGCUCGCGUGAAUUGCGUUAGUCCUGGUUACAUUGAUACCCCAAUCAGUGGAGAUUGUCCAUUUGAGAUGAAGGAGGCGUGGUAUAGCCUCACCCCUCUUAAGCGUGAUGCCGAUCCUCGCGAACUCAAGGGUAUUUAUUUAUACCUCGCCAGUGACGCUAGCACUUACACGACGGGAGCUGACAUAGUGAUCGACGGGGGGUACACAUGUCGGUAA